AUGCUGCGCAUCUUUCGGCUCAGCGCAGUUGGCCUCCUGCUGCUGGCCGCCUGGGCAGCACUGCUGCAGCAAACCACCGAGGAGCCGGCCCGCACCUGGGUGCUGCUGGCACCGCUGCUGGCGCUGGUCGUCUUUGGCGCUUACCUGGCCACCGCCCUGCUGUACGGCGUGGCCACCUUUAGGACUGUGCCAGAGGAGGCGGAGCUACUGCAAAAGGACAUCGCUCGUGCCAGAGCCGACCUUGCCCGGCGCGGCAUCAAGUACUGA